GAAAAAGCCUAUUUUCAACAUCACAUUCCUGUGUUUUCCCUCAGCCUGGAAAACAUAUCAAUCCCAGUGCCUUUCUGCUCGGAAACAAAGGGACUAAGCCAGACUGUGGGGGAAAGGGUGAUAAGAAGGAUCCUGGAACUCUAAAGAGAGCAAAGAGGGAGACGCAGGGGUUUCCUGACUGUCCGCACAGGGAUUGGCACACACAGACACAAGACCCAGCAGAAACGACAGAAAAAUGGAGAUGCAAAGACGUAAAAGGACAGCUCCUGUCACCUCAUCCUACCUGUCAAGAAGGUAAAGAGACAGCCUGAGAGAAAAGAAGAGAGCCGCUGAGCCCUCAGGUCAGGACAGGCGACCGGAGCUGGAGCUGCAGCACGCCCCAGCCUCGCGAAGGAGACAGAGGGUUGGGAGGAAAAGCAUUUCAUCUAGGAAACUGUCCUGGGACCACACUUCAGAUUGCGCUUUAAACCCCCGGCAUUCCAUCUCCAUGAGCCACAGUUGGAUUGCACAAUGACAUGGAGAAUGGGACCCAGUUUCACCAUGCUGGUGGCCAUGUGGCUGGUGUGUGGGUCAGAACCCCACCCCCAGGCGAUGAAUGGAGCAGGCCAUGGAGGACAGAAAGCGCCUCUGGUCCCCGCAGUCCACAGAAGGCCCGCUCGGCUGCUGAGGCACACGGGGAGGUCUCAGGGAAUGGAGAGAACCGCGCCGGGAGAAGGACACCUUCAGCCUCUCCAAAGAGGGCGCAGCAUGCCGGUGCUGAGAAUAGCUCACGAGAAGGCCCCGCCGGCCCCGCUGGACAUCCAUGGGGCCCGGGGGAGAUCGGAGAGGAGACCAGCAGCCCGGGCUUCUCCCCGCGAGAUGGUCCGAGAUGAGGGGUCCUCGGCUCGGUCCAGAAUGCUGCGCUUCCCCUCGGGGUCCAGCUCGCCCAACAUCCUGGCCAGCUUCGCGGGGAAGAAUCGCGUGUGGGUCAUCUCGGCCCCCCACGCCUCGGAGGGCUACUACCGCCUGAUGAUGAGCCUCCUGAAGGACGACGUGUACUGCGAGCUGGCGGAGCGGCACAUCCAGCAGAUCGUGCUGUUCCACCAGGCGGGCGAGGAGGGCGGCAAGGUGCGCAGGAUCACCAGUGAGGGCCGCGUGCUGGAGCAGCCGCUGGACCCCGGCCUCAUCCCCAAGCUCAUGAGCUUCCUGAAGCUGGAGAGGGGCAAGUUCGGCAUGGUGCUGCUGAAGAAGACGCUGCAGGUGGAGGAGCGCUACCCGUACCCCGUCCGGCUGGAGGCCAUGUACGAGGUCAUCGACCAGGGCCCCAUCCGCAGGAUCGAGAAGGUCCGGCAGAAGGGCUUCGUGCAGAAGUGCAAGGCCUCGGGGGUGGAGGGCCAGGUGGUGGAGGAGGGGAUGGGCGGCGUGGGCGCGGGGCGGCCGGGCCCGAACAGCGAGAAGAGGAAGGAGGACCUGAGGAGGGCGCACGUGCCACCCACCAGGCUCGUGGGGCCGGGUCCUCACAAGCCAGCCAAGGGGAAGCCCCCCAAAAAGAAAGCCCAGGACAAAAUCCUCAGCAACGAGUACGAGGACAAGUAUGACCCCAGCCGGCCCACGGCCUCGCAGCUGGAGGAGGAGUUGCAGGUGGGGAACGUCCCCCCGCAGAAGGCGAAGGAGUCCAAGAAGCACGAGAAGCUGGAGAAACCCGAGAAGGAGAAGAAGAAAAAGACCAAAAGCGAGAAGGCAGACAAGUUGCUCAAGAGUGAAAAGCAAGUGAAGAAGGACAAGGCGGAGAAGAAGAGCCGGCCGGAGAAGGAGAAGACCAAGAAGAAGAAGGCCGGCUCUGCCGAGCAGGACGGCUCCCUGAAACCCACCACCAAGGACUUCGCGCCGAGUCCCCAGAAGCUGGUGGCCGACCUGCUGGGCUCCUUCGAAGGCAAGCGAAGGCUCCUGCUGAUCACCGCUCCUAAGGUUGAGAACAACAUGUAUGUGCAACAGCGAGAUGAAUAUCUGGAAAGUUUCUGCAAGAUGGCCACCAGGAAAAUCUCUGUGAUCACCAUCUUUGGCCCUGUCAACAACAGCACCAUGAAAAUCGACCACUUCCAGCUAGAUAAUGAGAAACCCAUGCAAGUGGUGGAUGAUGAGGACUUGGUAGACCAGCAUCUCAUCAGCGAGCUGAGGAGAGAGUAUGGAAUGACCUAUGAUGACUUCUUCAUGGUGCUAACAGAUGUGGACCUCAGAGUCAAGCAAUAUUAUGAGGUGCCUAUAGCAAUGAAGUCUGUGUUUGACCUGAUCGAUACUUUCCAGUCCCGAAUCAAAGACAUGGAAAAACAGAAGAAGGAGGGCAUUGUUUGCAAGGAAGACAAGAAGCAGUCACUGGAGAACUUCCUAUCCAGAUUCCGAUGGAGGAGGCGGUUGCUGGUGAUCUCUGCUCCUAAUGACGAAGACUGGGCCUAUUCACAGCAGCUCUCAGCCCUCAGUGGUCAGGCAUGCAAUUUUGGUGAGUGGGAAGCCUCAUCAUCUCUGCCUUCCCACACCACUCUCUUCCUGCUCAACUUUAAAAUGAAACAUAGAAGCUUAGCUCAUUCAAAUGUUCCCCAGUCCAGACUGUAGA